AGCUAAAACGUCAUGGGAGAAAAAUAGGAACGGUUCAAUUUCUGUUCUACAUCUAGGGCUUUCCCAUUUCUCAUCUUCCCCAGGCUCUGUAAAGGAAAAAGAAAAGCAGAGAAGAGAGGAGAGGAGAGGAGAACGGCAUUUGAAUCAAUGGCGACGACAGGGCAACAACAGGGACAACAUCAGCAGAAACAACAAAAUAAAACAAUAGAGAAGAGAAAGCCAGUGUUUGUGAAGGUAGAUCAGCUAAAACCAGGGACCAAUGGCCACACCUUAAUCGCCAAGGUAUUGUCCUCAAACAUGGUCCUUCAAAAGGGUCGAGCCCCUUCUCGAAAUCUCCGCCAAACCCGCAUCGCUGAGUGCCUUGUUGGAGACGAGACCGGCACUAUCCUCUUCACUGCCCGUCAUGAUCAAGUUGACUUGAUGAAGCCUGGUGACACUGUCAUUUUUCGUAAUGCAAAGAUUGAUAUGUUUAAGGGUUCUAUGAGGCUGGCGGUUGACAAAUGGGGCCGCGUUGAGGUCACCGACAAUGCAAACUUUGUUGUUAAAGGAGAUAACAAUCUAUCUUUUGUGGAGUAUGAGUUGGUUAGUGUAGUUGAUGAAUGAUAGAGAUUGCAUGGACCUAAGGUGCUAGAUGCUCGAAGGUGGUCUUAAGAGUUGGCCUGAUGAUAAUCGUUUACUCAUCAUAAUUGUUGAUGAGAUGCUAUUGUGGUACAAUUUUCAUUGUGGAAUUGUUGGGUACUUGGGUUUGGUAUACAAAUCUUGCUGAUAGUUGAUCUUCUGCUUUAUAAUUUUUAACAUCUAGUAGUCUAGUUUAAGUACUAGUCGAGUAUGUAGAAGACUGUUUCUUUCUUGUGAUCGAAUUGCAUCUGGAAAUUUAAGUGAUGUUAGUAAAAUCUUUCUAUAUCAA